AAAGUACAGGAGACUGUCGGAGACUACAAAGUACAGGAGACUGUCGGAGACUACAAAGUACAGGAGACUGUCGGAGACUACAAAGUACAGGAGACUGUCGGAGACUACAAAGUACAGGAGACUGUCGGAGACUACAAAGUACAGGAGACUGUCGGAGACUACAAAGUACAGGAGACUGUCGGAGACUACAAAGUACAGGAGACUGUCGGAGACUACAAAGUACAGGAGACUGUCAGAGACUACAAAGUACAGGAGACUGUCAGAGACUGCAGGCGGAGUACAGGAGACGGUCAGAGACUGCAGAUACGGUACAGGAGAUGGUCAGAGACUGCAGACAAGAUACAGGAGACGGUCAGAGACUGCAGACACAGUACAGGAGAUGACCAGAGACUGCAGACACAGUACAGGAGAUGGUCAGAGACUGCGGACACAGUACAGGAGAUGACCAGAGACUGCAGACACAGUACAGGAGAUGAC